CAAGCCCAGUCUCAAAUGUCAGAAAGCAGACAUCAGUCGUGCCGUUUCGACUCAAGAGACCAAGUGCGAAAUCAAACAUCUGAAACAUCAUAUCUUGCAGAGGAGACAAUUUGAAGAUUUAAAACAGGAUAAGUUUUGCGGCACACAGAGCAGAGGGCCCCGAAUUAGGACCGAGAGAGGGGUAUGCAGACAAGAAGGGAGGUCUAUUCUGGGCCGCGGCGAGGACGAGAGGAAAAGCAUCAACAGAUCUGACACCAGAGAGGAGCAGAGGGAGGAAAGUGAGAGCUAAGGGCGCGCGCGCACGGCGCUGAAAAUCUCCACCACGGUAGCACAUGUGGGUCGCUGGCAGGCUGGUGGUGCACCAGUCAAGUCCAAGUCGUCGAUAAAACGCGUGCGCCCACACCGACCGACCGAGAGAGAGCCCAAAGCAAGCAGAGUUCAGGGCCCGAGCAGCAGCAGCUCUCCCGGUGCAGCAUCCGAUGUGCGAUUUGCGCCUGGCCGAGCGGUGAGCGUGCGAUCGGAGGUGCGACGCAGGUUGCCUACGCGGCCAGGGGGAGCCGACUAGCGGCGAGCGCCGCGACAGGUCCAGCAGCAGCACGUUCAACGAGAUAAGCAGCAGCUCCAGCAGGGACCCCGCCCAACAAUGCUCAACAAUGCUGAGGAGCGGCGCGGCUCCGACAGUAUCGCCGGCGACGAGGACGAGAUGGUGGCCACGGAGCGCGACCUGGCCGAGGACGCGCAGUGGAAGCGCAUCCAGCAGAACACGUUCACCCGUUGGGCCAACGAGCACCUGAAGACCGUCGAGAAGCACAUUGGCAGCCUCGAGACCGACCUGUCCGACGGCCUGAGGCUCAUCGCCCUGGUCGAGGUGCUCAGCGGCAAGCGGCUGCCCAAGCACAACAAGCGGCCCAACUUUCGGUCGCAGAAGCUCGAGAACGUGUCCGUGGCGCUCAAGUUCCUCGAGGAUGGCGAGGGCAUCAAGAUCGUCAAUAUCGAUUCUACUGAUAUAGUCGACUGCAAGCUCAAACUAAUUCUCGGCCUAAUAUGGACCCUAAUUCUACACUACUCAAUUUCUAUGCCCAUGUGGGAGGGUGAAGAUGACCCUAAAGAGAAAGGCGCAACUCCCAAGCAAAGACUUUUACACUGGAUCCAAGCGAAAGUUCCUGAUCUGCCGAUUAAAAACUUCACCGAUGACUGGAGCAGCGGAAAAGCGGUGGGCGCACUUGUGGACGCCUGCGCACCUGGUUUGUGUCCUGACUGGCCCGAUUGGAACCCGAAGGACUCGUUGCAGAACGCGUCUGAAGCCAUGGGUCUGGCUGAUGACUGGCUCAACGUCAGACAGUUGAUCAAACCUGAGGAGAUGAUCAACCCUAACAUCGACGAAAUGUCCAUGAUGACUUAUCUUUCUCAGUACCCCAACGCCAAGUUGAAGACGGGAGCACCGCUCAGACCGCGAACAAAUCCCAACAGUAUCCCACCACCCCGAGUUCGCGCUUACGGGCCUGGCAUCGAGCCCACUGGCCCUGUGGUUGGGGCACCUGCAAAUUUCACCGUGGAAACUUUUUCCGCCGGCAAGGGACAGGUCGACAUCGCUGUGAAAAAUCCCGCCGGACAAGCGGAGCCUGUGGACGUGCGAUUCAACAACGACCGCAACCUCACCUACAGCGUUUCCUACACCCCUCGAGUUGAGGGCAAUCACAGUGUGUCUGUCAAGUACGGUGGACAGGAGAUCCCCAAGUCACCGUACACUGUGCUGGUCGAGGGACAUGCAGGUGACCCGUCAAAGGUCACCGUCUCUGGGCCCGGCAUCCAGCCGGAAGGCGUUGUUGUCAGCAGACCUACUUACUUUGACAUUUUCACCAAAGGUGCCGGCAAAGGUGUUCCCGAAGUUAUUAUUUUAGAUCCAGCAGGCCUAAAAAAUACCGUGCCAGUGAAAAUUAGACAGACCAGUCCUGACGAGUGGCGCUGCGAAUACGUGUCUACGGCGAUUGGCUUGCACUCGGCCAAUGUAUUUUUUGCUGGACAACCUAUUCCCAACAGCCCGUUUGGAGUUAAAGUCUCAGCUGUAUCAGAUGCUAAAAAAGUGAGAGCCUCAGGUCGCGGCCUACAGCCUAAAGGUGUUCGUGUUAAAGAUGAGGCUGAUUUUAAAAUUUAUACGGAAGGCGCCGGAGAGGGCAGUCCUGACGUUAGGGUCAUUGGCCCUGGUGGUGUGAGUGAGCCUGUGAAAAUUCGCAAGAUUGAUGGCACCACCUACGAAGUGAUCUACAACCCCAUCAAAGAGGGUCGUUACAUGGUGAUGAUAACCUUUGGGGGCAAAGAAAUUCCUAGAUCCCCUUUCGAAGUCAAUGUGGGCCCUUACAAGGAAACCUUGAUCAGGGCGUACGGCCCAGGCCUCAACGGAGGCGUCGUCGGGUACCCCGCACUCUUCACUGUCGAAACGAACGGAGAAACUGGAGCUUUAGGCUUCAGCAUUGAGGGACCGUCUAAAGCGGAAAUUGAGUGCACAGACAAUGGCGAUGGUUCGGCUGACGUUCGAUACUACCCCACUCAACCUGGGGAGUAUGCAGUGCACAUUCUCUGUGAUGACGAAGAUAUCCCGAAAUCGCCAUAUAUUGCACAAAUUCUGCCCAAGACUGAUUACCACCCAGACAAGGUGGAGUGCUAUGGUCCAGGACUCGAGCGAGACGGAGUGAUGCUGGGCAAACAAGCACCAUUCACUGUGGACACUAGAAACGCUGGAAGCGCUCCUCUCGAUAUCCAAGUCAAUGAUAGCAAAGGCGAUAGUGUUGGAGUUCACGUUGAUGCAAAUGAGGACGGAACAUUCAACUGCUCAUACAAGCCUAUUUCUGGCGCCAAGCACACUGUUCAGGUUAACUAUGGAGGUGUUCCAACCAAAAACAGCCCGUUCAGAGUUUACGUAUCCGAGCCCACCAACGCCGACAAUGUUCUUGUUUUUGGACCUGGUGUUGAAAAAGGCGUAAAAUCGAACACCCCAACUCACUUCAACAUUGACUGCAGGCAAGCUGGACCAGGUGAACUGGAGGUGGUCCUGAAGAACGAGCGUGGCCUGGACGUGCCUUUGCAACUUACAGACAACGAAGAUAACACUUACUCAGUGGACUACUGUCCACCGGUCGCCGGAAAUUAUACAGUGAUCUGCAGAUACGGCGGCAAGGAGAUUCCGCAAAGUCCUAUCAGAGUUGCCGUCCAACCUUCAGUGGACGUGUCCAAAAUCAAGGUCGACGGAUUAGAGCCGACCGCUCCAGUCAACAGUCUGCAGCAAUUCCGAGUGAUAACAAAUGGCGCGGGCAAAGCUGACUUUGCCGUGGCCAUCACCAGUCCCUCUGGGGCUAAAGUUAGGGCGCACGUGAUUCCGACGAGCGAGGGCUUCCUCGUCAAUUUCACACCCACCGAGCUGGGCGAGUAUCUGCUCAGUGUCUCGUUUGGUGGCGAGCCCGUUCCUCAGGCACCCUUCCGCUUCAUGUGCAUGCCAGGCAGUGACGCUUCCAAGGUGCUCGCACGUGGACCUGGUCUUGAACGUGGCGUUGUCCACAAGCCGGCCGAAUUCAUGAUUGACACCCGAGGCGCUGGUCAGGGCGGCCUCGGCGUCACUGUCGAAGGCCCUUGCGAGGCGGCCAUCAAUUGUCGCGAUAACGGCGACGGAACGUGCUCGGUUGCCUACCUGCCCACGGAAAUCGGCGACUACAGCGUUAACAUUACCUUCAAUGACCAGCACAUACCUGGCUCGCCCUUCCAGGCCCUCAUUGUUCCCGAGGUGGACGUGAACAAAAUUAAGGUUAUGGGAAGCGGCAUCCAACCGCACGGCGUCUUCGUCGACUCGCCUACUGACUUUGUCGUCGACUCGCGCGCAAUCAAUAAGAACAACGAUGGCAAGGUGUCCUGCACAAUCACCAACCCCUCCGGCUCGCGGCUGGACAACCUCAUCACUCCCCAGGCCGACGGCACCUUCAAGAUCAGCUACACACCUUUCGAGGAGGGCAACCACACCAUUGAACUUUCCUACAACGGAAUUCCCAUUCCGGGCUCGCCUUUCUGCGUCGCCGUCAAGCGAGGGUGCGACCCAAGCCGGUGCCGCGCCUACGGACCUGGCGUCGAAAAGGGAUAUGUCGAUCGGCCAAAUGUGUUCACCGUUGAAACAAGAAGCGCAGGAACUGGUGGUCUGGGAUUGGCGAUUGAAGGUCCUUCAGAGGCCAAAAUUUCUUGUAAAGACAACAGAAACGGAUCAUGCACUGUUGAAUACACCCCCUCUGAGCCUGGCGACUACGACGUAAGCAUCAGAUUUGCUGACCAACAUAUCCCUGGAUCACCAUUUAAGGUGCCAGUUGACAAGUUUGUUGACGCCAGUUCUGUGACCGCCUAUGGACCGGGUCUCGAGCCUUCAAAAUGCAGAGCCGACGUGCCUUUGAAUUUUAAGGUCGAUGCCACAAAGUCGGGCAAAGCGCCACUCAACGUCACGAUUCAAUCCGACAAAGGUAACAUCAAACCCGAAGUGAAGGACGUCGGUGACGGCACCUAUGACGUCACUUAUUACCCUCCACCCGCAGGAUCGAAUAUCGAAGCCAACAUCAAAUAUGAUGGAAAAGAUAUACCAAACAGUCCGUAUAAGAUGAAAGUUCUGCCCACGGCUGAGCCAGACAAAGUGAAAAUCACCGGUCCUGGUGUGGCGAACAAGAGCAUCCCUGCGUCUCUGCCAAUUGACUUUUUCAUUGACGCCACUGAAGCUGGCUACGGAGAUUUGGAAGUGCAGGUUUUGGGUCCAGAUGGCUACCCUCGCAACGUCAAAGUGGUCGAGAACGGGGACGGCACCUUCAAGGCGUCUUACAUCCCUGAUGAUUGCGGUCGUUACGUCAUCAAUGUGUCUUACGCUGGACAAUUGCUCAACAGAAACCUCGGCUCACAGGCCCACGCCAUUGGCGAGGCUGAAAAGUGCUCAAUCACAGAGGGCAUUCAGAAUGCGCUCACCAUCGGUGAGGAGUAUUGCAUCACGGUGAACACAAAGGGCGCUGGUAGGGGAGCAGUUACUUGCAGAAUCAGGUCUACAUCUGACUCGGGAAGCGAUCUGGAUAUUGACAUCGAGGACAAUGGAGAUGACACCUUCAGCAUUUACUACACCGUCAAAGAUGCUGGCGAGUACACGCUCAACGUCAAAUUUGGCGGCCAACCUGUACCCAACGGCUUCUACACGUUCACUGCCGGAAAAGAGCAGGAAGCGGACUUUGUCAAGCAAAACGUGCACAAAGACACCAGCAGCCAGACCAUCAACAGCAGGAAGGAAAAGGGUUACAGACUUGUCGAGCUACAGGACAUUCCAUUGCCAUCAACUGGAGGACAAGUAACAGCUGAAAUCAAAAUGCCGAGCGGUCAAAUCGACAAACCUCAUAUUGAGGAUAACAGAGACGGAACUGUUAGUUUACGGUACGACCCUCGCGAAGAGGGGCUGCACGAACUCAGCGUCAAAUACAACGGAGAACACGUUCAAGGAUCACCUUUCAAAUUCCACGUCGAUUCCAUUAGCAGUGGUUAUGUUACUGCCUACGGUCCUGGUCUGUCGCACGGCGUGUGUGGGGAGCCAUCAAAUUUCACCAUCUCCACCAAGGGAGCAGGAGCAGGUGGCCUCUCCUUGUCAGUGGAAGGACCAAGUAAAGCGGAAAUUAGCUGCCAUGACAACAAAGAUGGAACUGUUUCAGUUUCGUAUUUACCAACAGCACCUGGCGAAUAUAAAAUUUCAGUUCGCUUUGGAGACAAACAUAUCAAAGGCAGUCCGUACACAGCCAAAAUCACUGGUGAGGGCCGCAAGCGAAACCAAAUCUCGGUCGGUUCGUGUAGUGAGGUGUCUCUGCCAGGCAAGGUGUCCGACCAAGAGAUCCGCUCAUUAAACGCCUCGAUACAGGCGCCGAGCGGCCUCGAGGAGCCGUGCUUCCUGAAAAAGCUGCCCAACGGCAAUCUGGGCAUCUCCUUCACGCCCCGAGAGAUUGGCGAGCACACCGUGUCCGUCAAGCGAAUGGGCAAGCACAUCCAGAAUUCGCCGUUCAAGAUCGAGGUGGCGGAACGAGAGGUUGGCGACGCCAAAAAGGUCAUGGUCACCGGAAGGGCACUGAUCGAGGGAGAGACCCACGUGGACAACACAUUCACCGUGGACACUCGCAAUGCAGGCUAUGGCGGUCUUUCCCUUUCCAUCGAGGGUCCCAGCAAGGCCGAGAUUCAGUGCAAAGACAAUGAAGAUGGCACCCUAAACAUAUCAUACAAGCCGACUGAACCAGGCUACUACAUUGUGAAUCUGAAGUUUGCCGACCACCACGUCGAGGGAUCGCCGUUCACGGUCAAGGUGACUGGAGAAGGGUCGAACAGGCAGAGGGAGAAGAUCCAGCGGCAGAGAGAAGCCGUCCCCAUCACUGAAGUUGGCAGCGAGUGCAAAUUGACUUUCAAAAUGCCAGGAAUCACUUCCUUUGACCUAACGGCCACCGUGACAUCACCCAGCGGGGUCACCGAAGACGCAACAAUCGAAGAGGUCGAAGAUGGCUUGUACGCAGUUCACUUUAUCCCCAAGGAGCUGGGAGUGCACACGGUCUCCGUCAAAUACAAGGAAAUCCACAUUCCUGGCUCACCCUUCCAGUUCACUGUGGGUCCUUUGCGCGACGGAGGCGCACACAGAGUGCACGCCGGAGGACCUGGUCUGGAGCGAGGCGAGCAGGGCCAGCCAUGCGAGUUCAACGUUUGGACCCGCGAAGCUGGAGCCGGUUCGCUGGCCAUUUCGGUCGAAGGUCCGAGCAAGGCAGAGAUCGACUUCAAGGACCGCAAGGAUGGAUCUUGCUACGUCAGCUACACUGUUGCCGAACCAGGUGAAUAUCGAGUUGGCAUCAAAUUCAACGACCAGCAUGUGCCAGACUCGCCCUACAAAGUGUACAUCUCACCCGCCCUUGGUGACGCCCAUAAACUGGAAGUUGCCCAGUUCCCUGAUGCUGGCGUCUCGGUGGAAAAACCAGCCGUAUUCUUGGUUCGCAAAAACGGCGCUAAAGGCGAACUUGAUGGAAAGAUUGUCUCACCUUCGGGCAUUGAGGACGAUUGUUUCCUCCAACUGAUUGACGCCGACACGUAUUCAGUGCGCUUCAUGCCCCACGAAAACGGCAUCCACAACAUCCACUGCAAGUUCAACGGUGUCCACAUUCCUGGUUCCCCGUUCAGGAUAAAGGUGGGCAAGGAGGACGCAGACCCAGCAGCCGUCCACGCUUUUGGCAACGGACUCGAGAAGGUCAAAACAGGCCAGAAGACGGAUUUCAUCAUUGACACUUGCAACGCUGGUGUGGGAACCCUGGCCGUGACAAUCGACGGCCCGUCAAAGGUGUCCAUGGACUGCACCGAAGUCGAGGAAGGCUACAAAGUCAGGUACACACCCCUGGUUCCUGGAGACUACUAUGCUAGUGUGAAAUACAACGGAUACCACAUUGCUGGCUCGCCAUACAAAAUAUCCUGCUCAGGUGACGAUUUGGCUGAGAGAGGAGCUCAGGAGACAUCCUCGGUGGUUGUCGAGACUGUGCAGAAGAUCGGAAAGGGCAGACCACUUGGACCUGUGCUGCCUCUCUUCAAAUCCGACGCCUCCAAGGUGACGAGUAAAGGCAUGGGACUUAAGAAGGCCUACCUGCAGAAGCAGAACAUGUUUACAGUCAGCGCCACUGAUGCUGGAAACAACAUUUUGUACGUCGGCGUUUACGGUCCGAAGGGGCCUUGCGAGGAGGUGUACAUCAAGCACUUGGGCCGCAACAACUACCAGGUGAACUACGUGGUUCGGGAGCGUGGAGACUAUAUAGUGAUUGUGAAAUGGGGUGACGAGCACAUACCAGGGUCACCAUUCAAGGUCGACGUUUGAGAAUGACAAAAGAGAGAAAAUGCAUCCCUCUCGACAAGCGAGACGCCCAAGACAAUGAUGAUUAUUUUUGUAUGAGUCCCAGAACGGAUGAUGAGUGGAGGAGAUUUUUGCGCCUAGUUGAACUUUGAAUUUUUUGUUUUGCCAGAAAAUGCGUUCAUGAUUUUCAUUUUUCAUGCGCGCUCUUUAACACACACACUUAACGAAAAAUUGUUGUUUGCAUUUAGAAAAGUAUUACUAUUAUUGGAUAUACAUAUAUUUUAUUUUAUCCCCAAUGUUACUGUCGUUGUUGCUUAACUUUCGUUUCGAUUUUGUCCCCGACGAUUUUCAGCGUUUUCCCUGUACAUAAAAUGAGAAAUUUUAUAGCCAAGUGCCUUCUUCGUCUCUUAAAAUUGAUGGCUGAAGUGUUAUUACAAUAUUUAUGUUUAAUGCUAAUUCUAUAGGAGCUCAGUUUUUCUACUAACAGCAGUAUCUUGCCGGCCAUGUUCUACUCACAAAACAUGUUUAAGAAUGGGAAACAGAAGAAUUUUAAUUAUACAUUUACUAUACAGGUUAAGUGCCUUGCAACAUUUACCGCUUGGGAGAUAUCAUUGUGAUUAAAGAUUAUAGACAGAUUAAAUAAAGAUCUAAAUUUCAAAAUGUUAAUUGAAUUUCAAACACUGUGCAAUAAUGUUGUUUUAAUAAAGAAAAAUAAUUAAAA